UUCCAUAUAUAUAUGUAGAUGGGUUGAUGUGUAUUUACAUUCGAGAGUACUAUUACGUAAUUAUCUAUGCAUCGGAGUCAACACUGAAAACGACAAUAAUCAAACCCUCCCCGUCGAACACCGCAUAUGGAGCUUAAGCCCGGCCUCUCCGCUCUCGUCACCGGCGGCGCCUCCGGCAUCGGCCGAGCACUGGCGUUGGCCCUAGCGCAGAAAGGAUUUUUCGUCACUAUCGUCGAUUUUUCUGAAGAAAGGGGGAAACAAGUUGCGUCGCUAGCUGAAAAGGAACUCUCCAAGUUUCACGGCGGACUUGGAUUUCCGCCCGUUCGAUUUAUCAAAUGCGACGUUACUGAAUCUAAUGAACUUGCUGCGGCUUUUAAGAAGCAUGUUGAGACUUACGGAGGAUUGGAUGUCUGUAUUAACUGUGCGGGGAUUGCUACUCCGAUUCCGUUUUACAAGGAUCAGACUGAUGGCUCUAAAUCCUGGAGACGCGCUGUUGAUAUCAAUUUCGUUGCGGUUAUUGAUUCCACUCGCCUCGCGAUUCGAGCAAUGCAAGUAGCUAAAAAGCCUGGUGUGAUUAUUAAUGUCGGCUCUGCUGCCGGGUUGUAUCCAAUGAUUGCUGAUCCUAUUUACUCUGGCUCCAAAGGGGGAGUAGUUCUAUUUACCAGAGCAAUGUCUAUUUACAAGCGUCAAGGAAUCCGUGUUAAUGUACUUUGCCCUGAGUUUGUUGAAACCGACUUGGCCUCCAAGAUGGACUCUAAGUUUAUUGAUAUGAUGGGCGGCUUCAUGCCCAUGGAAAUGGUUGUGAAAGGUGCCUUUGAACUUAUUAGCAAUGAAAGUAAAGCUGGGUCUUGCUUGUGGAUAUCUAACAGAAGAGGAAUGGAGUAUUGGCCAACUUCUUUAGAAGAAGAAAAAUAUCGUGUAUUCCCCAAGACUUCGAUAAGAAAAUCUGCAGAUGUCAUCCCAGUGAAUAUUCAGAUCCCCUCAAGUUUUGAGAAAAUUGUUGUCCACACUCUAAGUCACAACUUCCGUAAUGCGACAAGUGUAGUACAGGCGUCACUGAGAUUGCCACUUAAACCAGAUUAUGUUCUUUUGAAAAUCAUAUAUGCUGGCGUUAAUGCUAGUGAUGUUAAUUUUAGCUCUGGAAGGUACUUUAGUGGUGGCAGCAAAGACACUGCUUCUCUCCUUCCAUUUGAUGCUGGCUUCGAGGCUGUGGGUAUAAUUGCUGCUGUAGGUGAUUCAGUUAAACGCUUAAAAGUUGGCACUCCAGCUGCAAUCAUGACAUUUGGAAGUUAUGCUGAAUUCACAAUGGUACCCUCAAAACACAUCCUUCCAGUGGCGAGACCAGAUCCAGAAGUCGUUGCUAUGCUCACUUCUGGUCUAACAGCAUCUAUUGCUUUAGAGAAGGCAGCACAAAUGGACUCGGGGAAAACAGUCCUUGUCACUGCCGCUGCAGGCGGAACAGGACAAUUUGCUGUCCAGCUGGCAAAAUUUGCUGGAAAUAAGGUUAUUGCAACCUGUGGAGGAAAAGACAAAGCCAAGCUUUUGAAAGAUUUAGGAGUGGAUCGUGUUAUCGACUAUAAAACCGAAAAUAUCAAAACUGUUCUAAAGAAUGAGUUUCCUAAAGGUGUUGAUAUUGUAUACGAGUCCGUUGGUGGUGAAAUGUUCAAUCUAUGUCUGAACGCUUUGGCAAACUAUGGACGCCUUGUUGUGAUUGGAAUGAUUUCUCAGUAUCAAGGAGAAGAAGGGUGGAAGCCACAGAAUUAUACCGGAUUAUGUGAAAAGAUUCUCGCCAAAAGCCAGACUGUGGCUGGCUUUUUCUUAGUACAAUAUGCUAACCUUUGGCAAGAACAUCUAGAUAAGCUAGUAGAUCUACAAUCCUCGGGGAAGCUCAAGGUUUCUCUAGACCCGAAACAGUUCUUGGGCGUUCGUUCUGUUGCCGAUGCAGUUGACCAUCUUCAUUCUGGUCAAAGUGUUGGCAAGGUUGUUGUUUGCAUUGAUCCAAGUUUCAGCCCUCGUCCGGCUAAAUUGUGAAGGUCAUAUUAAUUAAUUGGCAAGUAUUUAAUUAGCUAUUUUCUCAUGCAAAUAAAAUGAAUAAAAUAAUGUGGCUUGAUUUCACACACGCACGCAGCACGUGUAAUAAAGAGAAACAAUAACCAUAAGAAUAUACUCCUAUAUUAUAUAC